GGAAGACGUCCCGCGUGCGGAGUCAGGUACGGCAGGCGCAGAUACCGCACACAUCCAGAGAGGAACAAGUCCAAUAUUUGAUUCCGUAUUGCGGGCGCGAAACAUGACUGACUGGCUUGAACGCCCAGUGGUAGAAUACGUCCGGUUCAACAGACUUUUCUUCUGGAAUUCGUUUUCCAAACCUUAUACGCACCGGGGCCGUAUAGUAUGCCGUAUCUGCGAGGGCGUGGUGUAUGAUAAUCUCCCCACGGAACUUAAUACAAUAAGGAGGGGAUUCGAGCAAGGGAAACUCAGGGACCUCCCGCGUGCUGCCUCUUAUGCAAGUCUUUUGGCUCUCAACCUGAAACUUGCAUUUGCAACAUCCUACUAUGCAGCUGAAAAGCGCGAGACAAUUGAGGGCGAUGGUGGCGAAGGACUCAACAAUCCAAACGGUCUUGGAUGGCCUUCACCUCACGCAGGCAACAUAGGGACAAUGUGGACGUUUGAUUCGAAUUGCAAUGCGCUAUUAAAACUAAUUUUUCGUGGCUGGCAUCGGCGUGAGGAUUUCACGGGUUUCGGCGGCACUUCUUCAGCUCUUGGAUUCACUUUCAUCGACUCCAUCUCCCACUUCAGCUCCUCACUUUGUAUUGGGGACGCCCAGAUCCCUGUGGGCGUUGCAGUUGACAUUGCGUCACGCAGACCAGAAAUUUGCCAACAGAAACGGUAUCAGCAGGCAGAUAUCAUUGCUCGACAGGAAUUGGUAGCAGCAAACCUACCAAUAUUGACCCUGAUGGCAAUUGCAAGUUGUCACAUUGAUGCUAAUGGAAACUUAGUGUAUCGGCCCCUCCCAGAAGCCUUUGUGUUUGGUGUGGCUGUUUUAACGGAAGAAGUAAUGGUCGAAUUACUGACCCCGCACUUCGACGAGAAGUCAAAGAGCUGGAAGAUAUAUUGCUCUUCUUGUCAUUCUGCUGCCUUGGGCGACCUGACGUUGGCUCGUGCACGACCGCAUUUUCUUUUCGUAAAAUUCCUCAACUUGAUGUCUGGGAUCCAUAUACACCAUCAAAAUGUAGCGCGGGCUCUGGCCGGACAUAAGUGGGACGAAGAUGUGUUGGCAGUGUUUUCUAAGCCAUCUGGCGACUAGUACUAGUUACACAAUUGACAGGAUGAAUCAAAAUGUUGACCUGACCCUUGACAAUUGAUGGUCACAAUCGGGGCUCUCGUUGUGUUGCAUCUAUGUUCCUCCUAUUAUAGUGCAGAUGGUUACCUGCACAGCAGUGUCACUCUCCACCUACAUAGUUUGUGCCACUUGUGCUUAUGUGGUUGACUCUUCUGUAACAUCAUGUGUAUAAUACAAUUCAUCUUCACGAUGUUGAUGAGCG